AAAAAUAGCUUCACGCUUUGGCAGUUAAGUUGAUUAACUAGAUUAGCCUAGAAGAUUAAGAGUGUGAAGGUUAUAUGCCGUACGCAACCUUAUGUUGCUAUGAAUUAGUUGGUUAUCUAUAUUCUUGCAUAAGACCGAUCAACCAAAUAUGAAAAGGAAAAGUAAAGAGAGAGACAGAACGAAAACACCCAAGAAUCGAAGACUUUGUUUGCUUUUCCAGAAAACAUAAUAAAGUCAAAAUAAGCACAUGUGUAUAUAUAUCCAAUCCACCACUUUUGCUUUGACUUGCUCAUAUCUCUCACGUACUAUUGAUGUCAUCACACCAUUACAUCACUGAUGACGUUCUCAAUGAUAAAAUUAAGUAUAGAGAGAAAAUUAUUGAACUCUUACCAUCUAGAUAGACAAUGACUUAAUAGUUAAUACAAUGUAUCCAAGGAUCUAAACUGGUCUCCAUACUCCACUGCAUGUGUUUGAACAAAUGAAUUUUCUCUUCAAAUAUAGUUAUGAUGAUUGUAUUCAAAUUUUGAUCUGAUUUUAGAUUAACUUGUUUACGUAAUUAAACGUCAUCCAAGUUUAAAACAAUAUAAGCAAUUCCAUUGGAUGUAUUUUUAACUUCAACCAUUGUAUUAAUAUACAUGACGGCUGGAUUUUCCAAUGAUUACUCUAUGUUUCUUCUUGGAAACCUUAGAUUAAAGAAAACAGAAGAUAAUGAGUGUGUGUUAAAGUAUGUAUUAAUAUGGUAAGAUGUUCAUAUUAAAUUAAUGACCGUGGCAAGCAAGUCCAUGAGAAACCAAGUUGCUGGAUUUAUUCUGUGUUGUGUAUAUUUGUUGACUCUAACUCUUUUUUUUUUAAAUAAGGUUCACAUUUUUAGUAGCAGUUUCUAAGAACCACGUAUGUGAUGAUACAUCACUAAAGACAAUACUACCCUUGAUGUUCAACCCUCGUGGUAUGCAUUGCGUCCGGCGGUCAAAGGGUGAAACUGAAAAUGUCAAUUUGCCCCAAAGUCAAACAAUCAGUGCUGAUUGUUGUUAGAAUAUUGGUUUAGUGUAUACUUCUUUUGUUCAAAGUUCAAACUACAAAAAGUCGACUUUUAGGUAUAGCGUUUGUAUAUAUACGUGACUCCUAUGUUCUCAACUUUCAUUACAAACUUUCCCAUUCCAUUUUCCUUUUCUCUAAAAAAACAAAAAUAUACUUUUGCUUUCUUAUUCUGAAAAGCUUACCAACCCAAAAAAGUAUGAAGAGAGAAAGAUCUGAGUUCGAAGAAUCCAUCAAGAUGUCUGAUGACAUUGCUAGAUGUCUGAUGAUAUUAUCACAGACCUCCAUGGUCAAACAAGUCGAUGUGAACCAAUAUACCGAGCGCGAUACAAGUAACCGGUUCGAAUGCAAAACGUGUAACAAGAGAUUCUCUUCGUUUCAAGCCCUAGGUGGCCACCGGGCAAGCCAUAAGAAGCCAAAGCUAUCCGUCGACCAGAAAGAGGUGAAACAUGUUACCAACAAUUAUAAUGGAACUCAUAUACACGAGUGUUCGAUAUGCAGUCAGAGUUUUGGGACCGGACAGGCUUUAGGUGGUCACAUGAGACGGCAUAGGUCAAGCGUGACAGUGGAGCCAUUGCAGACCAUCUCUCCCGUGAAUUCUACCGUACCGGUUCUGAAACGAUGCAGUAGUAGCAAGAGGGUUUUGUCUUUGGAUUUGAAUCUAACUCCCUUAGAGAAUGAUCUUGAAACUAUUUUUGGGAAGACGUUUUUCCCGAACAUAGAUAUGAAGUUCGUUGUUUAGUUCUUUUUUUGUUUUUUCGAUCGUUAGGUUAUCGUAAUUCUUUUGUAUCGUAAGCCUCCAUUCUUUUUAUUAAUUCUUUCAAACGUUAUGUUCAUUGUUGGUUGUCAUGUAUAAGAAAUAUUUAGCUGAAUUGUUUCACUU